AUGGAAACAUAUUUCGUUCAUAUCUUUAACAUUAUCAUUAUUGUGAUAUGUGCAUACACAGUUUCAUUCAAAAUUGAAAAUAUCUAUCUAUCUAUCUAUCUAUCUCCUUCUAAUCAUACAUAUUUAUCAAUCUAUCUCAUUCAGAACACAAGUGAAGAGGCUACAGAUGUCAAAGUUCCAUUUCAUUCCGACAUAUUUUGCAACUAUGUAUUUAUUUGCCUCAUCGAUAAUAUGGGUCUUUCUAUAAUCAAUAUAGACGGGGACUCCCCUCUUCUCCGCCAUUUUAGAGGAAAGAACUCUUUUUACCCAUUUGACAAGACGUUUCUCUUUCUCUCUCAUGAGUGUCAAUGGAACCAAGACUUGGUUCAACCAUACAGCCAAAUCUAUCUAUCUUAUUCUGAUCUAUCUAUCAAACCAACGUAUCUAUCUAUCUAUCUAGAUGAUAUCAGUAUUGUUAAUUUCUAUCUAUCUAUCUAUCUAUCUAUCUAUCUAUCUAUCUAUCUAUCUAUUUUCUUGUUGAUAUCUAUCUAUCUAUCUAUCUAUCUAUCUAUCUAUCUAUCUAUCUAUCUAUCUAACCCGAUGUGUGUUCAUAUCUAUCUAUCUCAGAUAGUAUAUGAAUAUAUUAUUCGUCAGGUACAUGAUUUUUAA